GUGAGAUACACAUAUAUUUAACAUUUUGCACUAUACUCUUUCCUCCCUGAAUCACUCACCUCUCACCAUUUAUCACACCUCCUCCCCUCUCUCUCUCUCUCUCUCUCUCACCAAGAACCAUCAAAGUUGACAUCAAAUGGAAGGAGUUGAGCAGCAGACGAAGAGCUGGGAAGGCUAUGUAGAUUGGAAAAACAAGGCGGCGAUCAGAGGCCGCCACGGUGGCAUGCGUGCCGCAUCCUUUGUUUUAGUGGUUGAGGUGUUGGAGAAUCUGGCAUUCCUGGCAAAUGCAAGUAACUUGGUUCGAUACCUGAUGGACCACAUGAACAUGUUGCCAUCGAAUUCGUCCAACAGUGUCACAAAUUUCAUGGGCACCGCUUUUCUUCUCGCUCUUCUCGGUGGCUUCCUCUCCGAUGCUUUCUUCACCACUUACUACAUCUACCUCACAAGUGCGGCCAUUGAAUUCCUGGGCUUGGUGAUACUCACAGUGCAGGCUCGGUCAGCUUCUCUAAAGCCACCAGAAUGUCAAGUCCAUGACAGUGGUUGCCAGGUGGUUGAUGGUGGAAAAGCAGCAAUGCUAUUCUUAGGACUCUACCUUGUGGCACUCGGAGUUGGUGGGAUCAAGGGAUCCCUUCCGACACAUGGUGCUGAACAAUUCGAUGAGCAUGCUCCAGAAGGAAGAAAGCAGCGAUCAACUUUCUUCAACUACUAUGUCUUUUGUCUUGCAUCUGGUGGGCUAAUUGCGGUGACCUUGGUGGUUUGGAUUGAAGAUAACAAAGGUUGGGAAUGGGGCUUUGGCAUUUCUACAUUGACGAUAUUAUUGUCCAUUCCAAUUUUCCUUUCCGGUACUUUAUUCUACAGGAACAAAAUACCUAAUGGAAGUCCACUUACAACCAUAUUUAAGGUUUUGAUGGCUUCUGCAUUAAACACUUGCGUAUCAGUCACCAGAAGCCCAAGCAAUGCCAUUGCAAGUAUGUCUGUGAGUCCAUCUCAUCAAACACUAUUUAACACAGAGGCUGAGCAAGCAACCGGAAAAAGUGGUGAACCAGGGGAUCCAAAUGAAGGCCCUUCUGAAAGCCUGAAAUUUCUGAACAGAGCAGUGACUAGGACACCAGCUUAUAGAUCACUACAGUGUUCUACAAAUGAAGUAGAAGAUGUGAAAAUUGUGUUCAAAAUUCUCCCCAUAUUCGCCUGUACAAUCAUGCUCAGCUGCUGCCUAGCCCAACUUUCUACAUACUCGGUCCAACAAGCGGCUACAAUGAACACAAAACUCGGGUCCUUGACAAUUCCACCAGCUUCUCUUCCAUUUUUCCCUGUUGUUUUCAUCAUGAUUCUUGCACCAGUCUAUGACCAUGUCAUCAUCCCAUUCAUGCGUAGAGCAACUAAAACAGAAACAGGAAUCACACAUCUACAACGCAUUGGUUUUGGAUUAGUUCUGUCCGUCGUUGCAAUGGGAGUUGCAGCUUUAGUCGAGAUCAAACGCAAGAGAGUCGCUACUAAUUCUGGUCUAGACACCAAAGCACCAUUGCCCAUUUCAUUCUUCUGGAUCGCAUUUCAGUACUUGUUUCUAGGGUCAGCUGACUUGUUCACCAUAGCCGGACUAAUGGAGUUUUUCUUCACAGAAGCUCCAAGUAGCAUGCGAUCUUUAGCUACCUCACUGACAUGGGCUUCACUGGCAAUGGGCUACUACCUAAGCUCCGUGAUCGUUUCAGUAGUCAACAGCGCCACAGGUACCUCCCACAACACACCAUGGCUCUCUGGCAAAAACUUGAACCACUUCCAUCUCGAAAGAUUCUACUGGCUGCUGUGCGUAUUGAGCGGAUUAAAUUUUCUGCAUUAUCUAUUCUGGGCUAGCCGCUACAAGUAUAGAUCAGUGAACUAGUCACACAAUAUAUGGAGGGUAGUUAAGAAAGUUCCGGUGCAAGUUCUGAAGAGGGGCAAUGUUCAGCCAGUUAAAACUAAUACAUAAGUAGUUUAUCAAGUCUGCAGACAACAAUGUAUCGAAGAAUUUUGAUCAUUUUGCUGCUGUAUGACAUGAGCAUAUCAACUAUAUAAUGUCAUAAACAUCAAAUACUUCGUUUUGCUUGUGCA